CCUUGUAAGUUCUCAUACCUGAAAUCCACCCAUUGCCUUUCCUCUCCCAGAGUAAUGAACGUACCUCUGACAAUUGGUUCCUUUAGUUUCAACUCCACUAGCACCCUGACAUCAUUUCCACUGUUAGAUGUUCCUUCCGGGAUGUACACAUACAGGACUUUACCUAUCAGCUUCCCAAUUUUCAAACCUGUUUCCUCACUUUUCCAGUGCAAAGGUAAUCUUUGGAUGUGGACCCAUAGCCUGAUUUUUUCAUCAUCCUCAGAGAACUCCACAUCUUUCGGACUCCAACUUUUCAAGAGGAUGUAUUGGCCAUCAAAUGUCCAUGUUUUACCAUUGAGGACUUUGUCCUUGUCAGCUUCAUUCUGGAACACGAAUUGGAAUUUGUUGUACCCUAUGUUUUUGAUAGUGAAGGGUUGGCUAGUAUUCCAGAUGCUGAAAAGGGUGGUUCGCAACCCUCCGAAGUUAACUUUCUUUUCUCCAUAUACCUUGCCCAGAAGGCUAUUGGAGCAUUCUUGGAUUCCCACUGCUACAUCCUCCACCGAUAGAGCAACACCCGAUUCCUCUUUUUCCGAUAACCGAAAACCCUUCAAUUU